AUGUACUCAGCACACAGCACAAGCAUGAUGUACUCAGUCACACAGCACAAGCAUGAUGUAAUCAGCACACAGCACGAGCUUGCAAUCAGCACACAGCACAAGCAUGAUGUAAUCGACACACAGCACAAGCAUGAUGUAUCAGCACACAGCACAGCUGAUGGAUCUGCACACAUCACAAGCAUGAUCACACAGCACAAGCAUGAUGUAAUCAGCACACAGCACGAGCAUGAUGUAAUCAGCACACAGCACGAGCAUGAUGUAAUCAGCACACAGCAAGAGCAUGAUGUAAUCAGCACACAGCAUGAGCAUGAUGUAAUCAGCACACAGCACGAGCAUGAUGUAAUCAGCACACAGCACGAGCAUGAUGUAAUCAGCACACAGCACGAGCAUGAUGUAAUCAGCACACAGCAAGAGCAUGAUGUAAUCAGCACACAGCAUGAGCAUGAUGUACUCAGCACACAGCACGAGCAUGAUGUAAUCAGCACACAGCACGAGCAUGAUGUACUCAGCACACAGCACGAGCAUGAUGUACUCAGCACACAGCACGAGCAUAAUGUAAUCAGCACACAGCACGAGCAUGAUGUAAUCAGCACACAGCACAAGCAUGAUCACGAGCAUGAUGUACUCAGCACACAGCACGAGCAUGAUGUAAUCAGCACACAGCACAAGCAUGAUGUACUCAGCACACAGCACAAGCAUGAUGUAAUCAGCACACAGCACGAGCAUGAUGUAAUCAGCACACAGCACAAGCAUGAUGUAAUCGGCACACAGCACAAGCAUGAUGUACUCAGCACACAGCACGAGCAUGAUGUAAUCACCACACAGCACAAGCAUGAUGUAAUCAGCACACAGCACAAGCAUGAU